AUGGUUGACGCCGACGAAUUGUUCAACGCCGAGCGGUUUCAUAGCAUGGUGUACGAAUGUACGCGUCUCAUUCCCUACGGUCGCGUGACUACGUACGGACAUAUUGCAAAGUUGAUUGGAUAUCCACGUCACUCGCGCAUGGUGGGCCAGGCGUUGAAGUUUUUACAGGAUGAUUCGGUGCCAUGGCAGCGCGUGGUUGGCUCCGGCGGCGUCAUUUCCGAGCGUGGUGAUGGUGGCGCUGGCGCAGCGCGCCAAGCGGACCGUCUUCGGGAGGAAGGCGUGAGCGUGGUCGAGGCUCGCCUUCGACACAAUGCCCGUGGUGCAUGGCGAGUCAGUUCUAUGGCGGAAGACAAGGGGUUCGGAUGGUGUAUGUAUACAUAA